AGUGCAUGGGUUCCUGAAGAACCGUACACGCGCAUAGUUCGUUCGCAGUUGAACAUAGAUAGUCCGCAGAUUUUCCAUUGGCUUUAAAGAAACGGGAGGAUGUGGUUGUCGAGGACAUCGCUCUUAUUAGUAUUAAUCGGGCUGACGAGCUCUGAAAAAAAUAAUGAGGACGAUGCAUCUAACAUUUUCAUCGAGGAAGCUAAAAACCUCUUUUCCCAGCAGUCGCUUGAGGACAUGGCCCAAAAGUUUGCGCAUUCAGAUGCCGGCAAGCAAGUCCGCGACAUGAUGUUCGAAAAAAGAUCCGACACUACGGACGGAAUCAGCCAGAUCAUUUCCGGGCUCAGUAGUUUGAUGUCAGGUGGAGAAAAUAAUCACUUAUCAAUGAUGGGUUCAUUUCUGGACCUUUUGACUGCUGGUUCGAAGAGAUCGGCAAGAGAUAUGGAACAUAAAGAGGAAUCCGGCAUAGACUGGGGCAACAUAAUCAGCAUGGGCAGCAUGUUCUUGCAACAAAAUGCGAACAACGACGUAACAUUGGGUCUCUUACCAAUGCUUUUAGAUUCCUUGGGUCAUGGAAUGAAAGACAACGAUGCCGGGAAUAAAGAUCACUCGGGACAUUCCUGGUUCUUACCGCCGAUAUUGGAGAACAUUCACAUCAUGUGGGAGCACUUUAGUAAUUCGGAACUCGGGCAAACGUUAUGGAAGAACAGCGGUCUGUCGACGGUAAUUGCUCAAAUGAGGGAUGAAAAAGGUGACAUCCUAUGGGAGAAAAUCCUAGACAGUUUUGAGAGUCCUACUAUACGUCGAAGGUGGAUCAAGUCGCUCACGAAUUUUGUAGCUGAAUGGAUCUCUCACAUUUCCGAACCAAUAAAUCAGCAACGCUAUCUUACGACCGCGCAAUUCGUCGGUAAUAGCUUUCUAAAAUCUCAGGGAUUCCCAAAAACAAUGAUGUUCGAUGCUUCAAAACCAGUGGAGAGUUUCUCCAGAUUGAUAAACGGAUUGACGAAGAGAUACCUGAACAUAAAGUUCGACAGCUCACAGUAUGUAAGACCGGCAGUAGCAUAUUUUCAGGAAUUAGUAAGCUUGGCUUCCGAGAAAGGAUUCAUUAUGUCCCGAAUAAAUGCACGAGAGCUAAGCAACAAACUAAGCGACAUUAUCAACAAUGAUAUCAUCGGUCCUGUUCUCAAGUCGUAUCGAGCGUUCAAAUGGGCGACGAAGGUGCCGCAAUGUGCUAGUCAAAUCUUAUGUACCAUAAAUGAGAAGAGCCAGCAACGAGAGGACAGCAGUAACGAAGUAUUUGCACGCAUACGUAGCGCAUUGUUGAGGGUAGCAAGUUUCCCCGCAGCCUGGGCAGUCAGUAAUAAAUUAGGUAUUAAUUUCUGGUCUCUCUACGGAGCCAUUAUGGAGCAAGACGGAUGCAUCAAUAAAUAUCCAGCAGAUUGCAUUGCUUUCCAUGAAGAGGAGAUCAGAGUGACCACGGAAAACAUUCAUAGCGAAUUAUGAGUUUAGCUCGUUAGCAACCUGUGAAAGAUAUUGCUAAGUCGCCUCAAAAUUAGAAAUACGUGUCGCGAAAUCGUGUGUUCUUAUUUAUUUUAUCGUAUCUAUUGCACAAAAUAAAAUACGCUUAACGAAAUUAUGUUAAAUGUGGCGGAGACUUGAUAGAAGGGACUAUCAAUGAAUAUCUCUUCAAUAUACAAUGUUUGUAUGUACAAACAAAAAACUAAAAUAUCAAUUUUUAAUAUUUUAUGUUAAUAAAACGUAACCAGAAACAAAAAA